UCAACGUUCGUAAGGUUGAGAGUUGUCUUUUGAUCGAGGAUGAGUUGUCUUUGGAUCGAGGAUUAGCUGACUUCGUUUGGGUGAGUAGAGCAUUUUGUAAGGUGAUUUUCUACGACGUACGUUACUCAAGCAGGCAUAGCUUUAACUGGAUGUGUUUUUGCGAAGUAUUUGUUAGCUGUUGUCAAUCCCUUCAAAGAGUUUAUGCCCGAAAUAUUACGGCGAAAUCGACGUGUAGAUUAGCAUAUGAAUGCGGCGCCCUGUCUUCGUUGAAUGGAGUGACGUCGAGUUUUUUUGGCAAGUAUCCAUCUUUACCGGGUGCACUGUUGGUAAAGUGUCUCCGAUCGAGCCAUCUAUAUCAUUUGACGAUCUUAAAUGGCGGAGAAGUCACGACUUUAUUGGCUCUGUAGGCAGCGAACAAUGCGAAAGCACUUUUGGAGACGCUUGUGACUUCGAUGAUCCAGGAUCAGUUACCAAACAAUCCCCUUAAAAUGGAGAUAAUUGAGCCCUUUCGAGGGAUUAUUCAUCACUUUCGAGAGAUUGUCAAGCCCUUUCGAGGGAUUAUCAAGCCCUUUCGAGGGAUUAUUCAGCCCUUUGGAGGGAUUACUGAACCUUUAACUUUUCGAGGGAUUAUCCAGCCUAAUAUUCGACGGAUUUUCCGGCCUAAUGGAUCCAGUGGAAGGAACGAUUUGCAUGACAGCGCCCAUUGGGAAGAAUCAGAAUGCCUUUUUGUCAGUUAAGAGCGCAAACAAAGAAUUUUAGUCCAGAAGAUCGUGGGAAACACAUUCACGAAAGCUAUGCCUGGUUACCAUGAGCCACGGGCGGCCCAAGCUCCAGCUGUGAGAUGAUCAUCUUGCGCAAUAACAGUCAUAGCGGAAUUAUAAGCUUUUGUAUGGGAAUAUUUACGACCGCUUUAAGCCCAGGGCUUUUCUUAUGUACGUUGAAAACCUCGAAAUAAACAACUCGCUAAAAUGGGCUCUUUUCAUCAAAGUAAGCGGUCAGAUAACAAGCGAUACACUGUGGAAGUAAGGUGCGGUAUUUUUAUUGAGGAUUUGACGUAUUUUUUUAUUCCUUAAAACGGUCGUAAAUAUUCCCAUACAAACUCUUAUAACUCCGCCAUGACUGUUAUUGCGCAAGAUAAUCAUCUCACAGCUGGAGCUUGGGCCACCUGUGCUCCUGCUGCAGUAUCUUGCACAGAAAACUCGUCGAGUUGACAAUCAUAUGUAAACAUUUUACUAUGGCAACUAAACUUCUAAAGAUAAAGGCAAGGGUUCUGAAUUAUUUUCAAAUGCAAAAAGGAGGAACUCAACUUACAGCAAAAACGAUUAUAAAACUAAUUAAGGCAAUAGUUCAAGUAAAGCUGUGUCAAUACACUUUUAUCACCUGAUUUUAAUAUCAAUUUGACAAGCUCUGUUGGUGUAUUUUCGAUAUUUGCUUUCGCCUUCCUAUUAUUUUUGUUCUUUAGCACUCACCCGCAAAUACAAAUACUCAAUGCAACUCAAAAUGUUUUAAACGUGGACACACCAUAAUCGCAGGGUCAGUUAAAAGAGGAGGCGAUAUACUAAAUAAUAUCUACAGACUAAAGAGCAAAAACAGAUUGUAAUAUGGAUUUCAAGAGUUAGUUACUAACUCUGAGGGCACCUGAUAUAGCUUAAAUCUUUCAUCUCCCUGGUGCUACAUCACUGAAAAUAAUGUUCAGCAACUCUAGUAUUUACUCUCAGCAUCAAAGCAGCUCAUUUACGCCGUGCACCUCACACAUUUUCAACAAAGACAGGAAUGACUCCUUCCCUCGCAUUGUUUUCCUCUCGACAGCAAUUGCCAUCGUUCUACUCUCACCUGUGGCAGUGGCGGGAAAUGCGAUGAUUUUGGCGGCGGUAUGGAGGAAGAAUUUUGCGAGGACACCAUUUCAUAUACUUCUAUAAGUGGUUUGGCUUUUACUGAUUUGUGAAUGGGAGUAUUCGCCCAACCUUUCUAUUCUGCGACGUUUUUGAUGUGUUCAGGGAAUUAAACUGUGGUGUAUGACUCGCCAACACUUAUCAGAGCCUUACGCACAAUCGGUUAGGGUAGCGGGAUUUAUUUCGUUUCUGCCACGGUUUUAAUCCUAACGGCAAUGUCCAUUGAACGAUGGUUGAUUGUUUCUCGCCGAUCAUUCUUUAAUCGGAGACGUGCAUGUUUUGCAGUUUUCGCGUUGAUAUUAACUCCACCGGCUGUCUUACGUGUUCUAGAGAAUGUAAAUACAGUUUAUGGACGCGCGCUACGAUUCAAACUUGUUACAGUUAUGGUGUCAUGUUAUCUUAUCAUAAUGAUGGCCAACGUUAAGGUUUACCAAAGUAUUUGUCGACACCAGCGGCAAAUCCAAUGCAACACAACACUACAUAAUUUUGAUGGAUCAGCGAUAAACGUAGCGAAAUACAAGAAGUCUGUAAUGACUAUGAUAUACAUUUUGCUGACCUUUUCUGUAUGUUUCUUUCCAUGUGUUAUAUAUAUCGACUACGAUAUAUUUUGGGUUCGGCAACAGGACCUUAGAAUCUUAUUCUGCCUUUAGACAAUAGUGACAAUAGUGUUCUUAUUUUUAUCCUCUUCAAUCAACCCAGCUCUUUAUUUAUGGAGAAUGAAUGAUAUUCGAAAUGGAUUGAGACAACAUUUUUGCAGCGGUUAACCUGUUAACCAGAAUCGAAACUCGGGGCCAGGGUUGGUUUGCAUAAAAUGAAAUUUCGAAUUAGAAGCUGCGUUGAAAAUAGUUCGUUUGUUUGAAGAUCAACGACACUUGAAUCAAAAUUAAAGAGAAAAGAAAUAACAGGCGAGGUUUUACUAAAAUAAUAAAAUAUGCCGGCUUUAACCAGUUGUUUUUGAAAGGGUUUAAAAGUCUAGAGUAUCUUUAAAGUUUGAUAACAUACAACUUGAACAGAUUGAUAAAAUUUUUCCCAAAAACAAUGACUCUAAGUCGGUUUGCACCAGCUUACCCAAAGUUAUUGGAUGCGUGGCAAUAGCUUGCUUUAGGGCUACAGAUGUUAACUUUUAACCGAACUUUGCUCUUUAGAAGCAAAACCGAUUAACUGGUUUUCAGCAAAGUAGGUGUUAUCUUUGGUGGGCAGUUUCAUGUCCGACUGUUUACUCUCGUUGGAGAUGGUUAUUGUGUAGUUACCUCGAAACUGAACAUUUACAAACGUGCCCAUUGUUAAAAUUAAAUUUCUCUUCUUAAUAUUGUACCUAGUAAUCUUAAAUUGAUUACAAUGGUUGAUUUUGACCAAGCAACCUAUGAACGUUAGUGAAAAGGUCUGAAAACUUAGCAUGAAAAAGAUUUCGACACUGCGUUAGCAGUAUAAAGGGGGUAAGUUUCUAAAGAAACUGUGGUGCUGCGUUGGUGGGAGAGUAUAGCAGGUAAUUUAGUGUCAACAAUUGUGCUGGGG